CGUCCGUUCCGGUCGUACCUAUGUUUUUACUUUUCCGGCGCAUUGUUAAAUCGUGUCAAUUGCACGGAAAGGACCCGUCCAUUGGGAUAUCAUUCUCUGUCAGCCAACGGAGAAGUACGUCGUGUGGAGCAAAGUACCAGUCAUCUACCAGGUCAGACGUAUCACCCCCAUAUCGUUAUCACUAGUUGUUAACACGACGAUUGUUAUAACCGUCGUGUGUGUUUUCUUUUGUAUUAUCAAUCGAUAUCCAUUAGUAUUAUAUGUAUCAUUUUUUUUUUGUAUGAUCACGCAUCUGAAGCGUAUUGUUAUAUUAUUAUUACGUUUGUAUUAUUAUAUGUAUUGUGCGCCAAGCGCCUUAAAAGGACGAGUUGUUAUUAUUGAAUUAAUAAGGUCACCUUCCCGAAAUCUGCGCGAGUCGGAAUAGUCCACUGCCAAUAUACUGCGUAAGAACUAUCCGGCGCAAUCAUCUGGUAGCAGAGCGUGGUUUUCAUUAUUAUUACAUUAGCGUUUUGAUUUCGAGUAUUCAAUUAACGAGUGACCUUUUCUAUUAUUCGUAUUAUCGUUAGCGAUAGAUUUCUAAUUAAAAUAAUUUAUUUAAGUCGACGGUGGUGUCGCAUUCGUAACAUUGAGUUAUUAUUCACUUAUAGGUAUCUAUUUAAUUUGUAUUGGGUAAGCGAAUUGUUGGUUUUCGACCGUCUAUUGCUAUUUGUUUCCUUUACGACUACAUCAUAAUAUUAUACCAACGGUCAACGUGGUCGAGACUGCCGAAGAAAAGGAAAUCAAACGCGUCAGGCGUUUAAUUACUAGAGCUGACACAAAACGCACUAUCGCGGUCAAGAAAAUUCGGUCAGUUAACAGCCUCGCUAAACGCGUUAAGGACGAUCCUGGUCUUAUGGAUGAAUUGCAUAUAGCGGCGGCGACUCUGGACGAUUUAUGGGCACAAUUCGAAGCAGCGGACAGUGAUGUGCUAGACAGUCUAUUGGAAAUAAAUGCCGAAAGCGAAUAUUCGGCUGAGUUGCCAGCCGAAGUGCUCUCUAUUAUCAACGCCACUACGGCAAUCGCCAUGCAGGGUAAUUUCGACGAUUUUAAGAAUACUAAGCGCGGCCAUGGCGAGCGAAAUCAGAACAGCGACACACUAUUCAAGUCAGCAUCUAGACUACCCGAAAUUCCAUUACCGUCGUUCAAUGGCGAUUUCAAUUAUUGGCCGACGUUCCGCGAUCGGUUCUCCGCGCUUGUUGGUGAUAGGACCGACUUACCGAAAAUCGAUAAAAUGCAACAUUUGAUCGGAUGUCUGCAGGGUUCUGCGUCUGACGCCAUUCGCAAUAUACCCGUGUCCGCUGAUAAUUAUGACCUUGCGUGGUCCACGUUAUCGUCGCGUUUUCAUCGCCCGCGAUUGGUCGCAACUGCAUUGAUCGACAAAUUGCUCAACGCCCCGGUGUCGUCGCAAGNCACAAUAUUGCAGCUAUAUAUUCUCACAAUAUUAUAG